CCCGUCAGACUGUAAACUGGGGAGCUUUUUUUUUAUGUUUUGAGUGGCAGCAAAUCUUCAGUUCAUAAAAGUCAGACACCAGAACACAGUUUUCUGCUUAGUGAGCUGCGAUGCAGGAGAAUAUCUGAGUGUAGGGGCGCGUUCGCCUGUUGAUUGUCGGGUAAGUGUUAUUUAAUUGUCCUCACCUUCACUGUAAACGACUGUGCGCGCACUUCUGGAACUUUAUGGACCCGUGCAGAACUUUUGUGGUGUGAACUUUUCCUCGCCUCAGUGUUCUUGCUCUCCAGCCUGGGGUUUAUAUAACCUGUAGCUUCACUACACUUUGCUUCGGGGAGGCCAUCAAACUAAUCUGCGCGUGUGUGUGUGUUACUGCAGAAUAAUCUCCAUAAGUCUUUAUACGAUAAAGGGACGGAGGUGGUGCAGGGGAGAGGUGGCGGCUGCGAGAGGCGGGGAGGUGCGCAGCGCAGUUCGCGGCGGAUGACCGGACAGGGGCAUGGAGAUGUUGCGCCGCUCUUCUGUGUUUGCGGCUGAAGUGUUUGACCGCUCGCCCACCGACAAGGAGCUGGUGUCCCAGGCCAAAGCACUGUGCAGAGACUACAUCCACUCCAGGCUGAACCGUGCCGGGAUAGGCUGGUCUAAACCUGAGCAUGGACUGGCUGCAUCAGGUGGGGCUCUGGGAGAGAUAUCAUCGGUGCUGCUGUGGCUGGGUGACGAGCUGGAGUACCUUCGACCCAACGUUUACCGCAACGUAGCGCGACAGCUCAACAUCACCGUGGCGUCAGAGAGCAUUGUGUCUGAUGCUUUCCUGGCUGUGGCCGCAGACAUUUUCUCCACAGGUGUGACGUGGGGGAAGGUGGUGUCUUUGUACGCCGUGGCAGGAGCCUUGGCGGUGGACUGUGUUCGCCAUGGUCAUCCAGCUAUGGUCCAUACCAUUGUCGAUUGUAUGGGGGAGUUUGUCCGCAAAAGCCUGACCUCCUGGUUGAAGAGGAGAGGUGGCUGGGUGGAUGUAACAAAGUGCGUGGUGAACACUGAUCCCAGCUUCCGCUCUCACUGGCUGGUGUGUGCCGUCUGUGCCUUUGGACACUACGUGAAGGCCAUUGUGUUAUACCUCUUCAGGGAGAAGUGAGAGACAGAGUCACACACUGGAUUCUGAGCAGAGUGACCAGCACUGUCCACCACCACCACCAUGUCUUUACGAAAGCAUCUCCUGCAUUGGAUCAUGUUUACACUCAUUUGCACUGAACCUUCAUGGACGAACACAUUCUCCCAUCACAGAAAACAGACUCUCCGUGCUUCUUCUGCUUCCUGUGCUAGAUUUUCUAUUUAUUGUUCAUGUUUAUUUUAAGGCACACAUUUGACGUAAAUGUAUAAAAUCACCCUCUGUUUGUAGCGCUUAAUUUUUCCACAAACAGCAGAACUGGUCAUUUUGUUGUCUGUUUGGGAGAUGCUUGGCGCCCCCUCGUGGUUAAAAUUUGUAACUACUUUAAAGGGUAACCAGUAUUUAUCAACCUGGACUCUUUUUCCAUGUUUUGUGUCUGGGCACCCUUGGUCAAAAUUCAGUUUACUGUAAAUAUUUAAGGAAAAUGUGAUCUCCAAAAGGCUUGAAGUUAAAGAUGAUACAUGCUUCUCAACAUUUUAAGCAAGAUCAGUGUAUUAUUUUGGUUUUGUACAAUUUAAGAGUGAAAAAAAGGAAAGCAGCACCUUAAAAAAUGUGGUCACCCCAACACAUUUAAGCUCUCAGACAACUUUUACCACAGUCUCAGACCUUAAUUAGCUUGUUAGAGCUCUGGCUUGUUCACAGUCAUCGUUAGGAAAAUUCAAAGCUUUCUAAAUACUCUGACUCCUGAAACCUUGUCUCAACAGUCAGCAGCCAUUGCAUGCCACUGUAAAUGGAGUCCGGUGGGUUUCUGGUUAAACAAAGAGGAUCUUACUCUCUAGUAAAAAGGUCUAUCACCUGUCGGGAUCCUUUCCAUAAUGCAGUCAGAUGCGUACAUUGAUGCUGUGUGAUUGCCCCAUAGUGUUAUAUUGCAGCCUGUUUGGCCGCUGGUCUCGCUCAAUACGGGACCCAUUUCAAAAACUGUUGUCUCCAUUUUUCUUUCAUAGACACAAAAACAUGGGAAAAUAGGGUCCAGGUUGGAAAAAUACAUAAGUUACCCUUUAAUUAUUUCAUAUAUGUAUUGGAUCCUGGGAAGUCAGGAAUGUCCGUACUUGCAAAUCUUUUUUUCCCCUAAUGCCGUUAUCUUGAGGUCGCAAGUUAAUUAUUUUUUUUAUCUUAAGAUAAUCAAGAUAGUAAUAAACAAGAUAAUGAACUUGUUACGAUGAGAAAACAAAAGGUUGUUUUCUCGUAUUACUUCUCUUUAUCUGAGCUCAGGAGUGCCACGCCAGCAUGCGUAGGUGGCAUCUGGACAUCCAUAGCAACUGAUUCAAGAUGACAAAGGUCAGAUCAAGGAGAAGCCGUUAUUGAUCAACGCAUCAGAUCUGUAUAACAGAUCAGUCCUCAUCAUUUAAGGAGAAGACUGGCUGACUGAAAUCAGGUGUGAUCAAAUGAAUCAGACACUCAUUUUUGAGUUCUUCGUAAUUAUCCUGCAUUCGACCAAAAUUCAUUUCGUUUCAGCUUUUUGUUUUCUUGAGAAGUGACAUAAAUUAACAUGUUAUCUUAAGAUAAUGUCAAAAGAAAACAAAAAAAUACGGCCAUUCUUGGCUUCUGUACAUUUAUUAGGAAGUGGUUUUACAAAAAUCUCACAUAUACAGCCCGACAGACAAGUGCAUACGAGAUAAAUAUAAAAUACAACAUGUUUUCCUUUAAUUAAGGGACUGUAUGAAAAAAAAAUGUUGACGGGAUGGUCGUCCCAUCAAAAUGUGUCAUAAAAAGUCAUCCUGUAAUAUAAUUUGGAAUCAGAUUCCAACUUGUUUACACAAAUUGGUGAAGUGAAAUGAUUCAUUUCAACUGGGUGACUUAUUAAUGUUUAAAAUGGAGGUACGCCAUCUUGAUUUGUUUAUGUAUAUUUUCCUCCCUUAGGUAUUAAUAGGGAAACAAGUUGUAGGUAAUUGGAGUGUGUUGAAAAAUUUGGGGGAAAGUGUUACAAAUUUUUUUCUGAGUCAAAAGAAGACAAAAGAAAAUGUUAAUAAUUUUAAUACAGUCAUACAGUUUUUCAUACAGUCCCUAACAAGUCUGAUGAAUUGAGCAUUAUACAUUUAAAGCAAGUUGUUCCUCUUCUCUUCGUUGUUCACUGUGAGGCUGUGUGUGAUAUAGCUGUACUGUAAUUCCAGUAAUGCAAGUUACAGUGUAUUUUCUUAGAGCACUUUGAUAACAUUUCAUUUUGUGCGUAGAAUUUAUUCCAUGAAUAAUUUCACUUUUAUAUGACAUGUAGCACUAGGAGUCCUAGAAAGUUUGAGAGUCAUCUGCAUUUGUGAAUAUUAAGAAUAAUAAAUGGCUCUUACAACAGUC